CCCGACCGUUGUUGCUACCUUGACGUGGUGGUCGGGCUUGCCUAUCGUGAUGAAGCAACCGAGCUAUACUGGCUGGAACAACCGUUCCUCAAGGUCCUACCAUGUCAGACAGGUCGGUUGAAGAGCGGUAAGACUAAAAGCAACAAACCCAAGGUCCGAACGCGAAGUCUUACUGCUGGCUGUAUAGAGGUGUGACAGCAGUAAGGUGUUUCCUUCAGACAACCAGCAUCUGCAGCGAUGCUGCCUUCCCACAAGGAGGGGUGGGGUUAGAGUAGGUCGACCCCAAAAAUGCACACCUCGUCUUAAUCCACGGAUAUCCGUCUCCGGCAGUAAGGUCUCAACAAGUACGGAGCUAACACAAAAAUCACCCAUAAAAAGGUCGUGUGUGACCGACCUCAAGCAGUUGUCCCUGGGCUCUGCGGUCACUCUCUCAGGUCACUAAGACCACCUCUAAUCCAAUUUCCUUUUCAGGUACCUCCAGAAGAACCCUUCCACGGUGUGGGCAAUCGGGAAGUGAUAAUCGCCCUCAUACCUCUAACAGCACUCAAGACCAGUGACUGUCACGUAUUAAAAAAAUAAUUAUCCUUGCAAAUUUGUUUCACUAGAAUACAUUAUGAGAUCCUUUUAAACGAAGAGUUUUUAUCAUUGUAUAUAAUGGUUGAAUGUGACAUAUUGACUUGGCAGUUUUACUUGUAAUAAAUAUUGAUUUAUAUGAGUGACUUUCAUUGAAUAUGUAGGUGGUAUAUUUCCUAGUUUCACUCUGUCGUCUUGCUCUACAAAUGAUAAAGGUUAGUCCAUUGAUUGAUAAAUAGAGUGAUCACUCUGGUAAAAUUGUAAUUCUUAUGACUUUAGGAUACAGUUUUAUUUAUAAUCAAAAAAUAUUUGUCCCCAAAUUUACGCAGAUCUUACUUACAGUGCAUUUGGCUCAUUAUAGAGGAAUCCUCUGUCUAGGAUUCCCAGAUUGUUAUUCAGUUUUCAGCACUGUGUUUAACUCCGUAACUCCUAGUCGGUAAGAACAGACGAAUCUCUAUGGAUAUUCUCUGUAUGGUGUAAUUGCACAUAGUUAAGGGGAAUAUACUAUUUCGUGAUUUAUCUCUGUAUUUCUAUCAUUAUCAUUGUUUGUUACAAACAUCUUUUAUUUAUCUCCGUAAACAGAAGUUCGCUUUGGGGCGUGAGCUUUUUGAUUUGGUUUGUCAGUGUCUAGAGUUAGAAGAGUCACAGUACUUUGGUUUGGCGUACUAUUUAAACCAUUCAGCUACAAGAAACUCUAUGGUGGGAACUCAUCAAGAUAAACAAGAUAGUUCUGACUCAUCGUUUCAUCUGUCUUCCUCUUCGAUUGAUAAAUCUUACUUGACUAAAUUUUGUGGUUUCCACAUGACCAACUCGUUCAAUCCUUGUAAAAUGUACUCGAAUGAUACAACAUAUCCUGGCUUUAAUCCCUUUUUCAUUGACGUUCCUUUUUGGCUAGAUGUAGAAAAAAGAAUAACUGAUCAAUGUCAUGGUUCUAAAUUGAUAUUUUACUUUCAAGUAAAAUUUUAUCCACAACACCCUGAUCUUGUUUUUGACUGUCCUAAGUCCAGAUAUCAAUUUUGUCUUCAGUUAAGGCAUCAUUUAAGUAUUGGACGACUCUUAUGCUCAUUUGAAACUCACGUAAUAUUGGGAGCAUUGAUAGCUCAAAUGGAUCUAGGAAAUUCUGUGAAACAUCAGCGAUCUCGUAGUAGUCAUUCAAGUUGUCAGUCCAAUCCAUAUGUUGAAUCAACAUCGCCUGAUUUUUCACGUCGACAGUCAACUUCUCCAGCUCGAAGUUUUUUAUCCGAACGUAGAUGUAGUUUAGCCCAACCUGAACAUAGUGAUGAUAGUAUUAUAUGGGAUGCACGUGUUGAUAAUAAGUCCAAGAAAGAUAAGCCUUGUUCAUCUUCUGUUGGGAAUAAAGCCAGCACAUUCAAUCACAUUGGUUGUAGUUGUUCUACACAACAGAUAGAUAAUAUCAGUAUGAUGUAUUUACAAUGUUUACCACACUUAGCUAGAGGAUCCGUUACUUCAUCAUCCAUUCAACAUAGUACAAACAAUAUAUCAAACGGUAGUAGACCAAGUCUAUUGUCAUCUACGUUAAACAAUAUUGAAAAUGUAUUGUUAUCACCAGUAAAGCAAACUUUUAGCCCUGGAUGGCCUUAUCCAAAGUCUGAUUGUCGUUAUUGUCCUGUGCUUCUAUCACGUAUUGCUCGAUUACACCGGCAUCUUAGGGGUAUGUCUCAAAACGAUGCAGAAAUAUCAUUUUUAAAGAACGUAAAGAAAUUGUCAUUUUAUGGUGUAGAAUUACAUCCAAUAAAGAAGUUUCACGCUAGUUAUGUUUCAUCUGGAUCUUUUAAAAAUAUAACAAAGAAAUUGGCCAAUUCAUUUUCUACUCGUUCUCGAACUAGUUCAGUUGAAUCUUAUCAUAAUUUUAUUGAUACUUCAAGUAUUGGUUCUAAUCAGUUACUUAACUUGAACAGUACACACAAUUCAUUAUCUAUAUCUGGUUUGAAAUCAUCCCUACGACGAAUGUUCAGUGUUAAAUCUCAAGAUCAACCAUUAUUUCCUUUUGCAUUUAAUGAUUUUCCGAACUUCGAUUUUUCUUUGGGAGUAUAUUUUGCUGGUUUAUUUCUUCAAUGGGGUCAUAUACGUUUAUCACAUUAUACAUGGUCUCGGAUUGUGAAAAUAUGCUUCUAUUUAGAUGAAUUUUGUUUAGUUGUGAAAAGUAAUAUUAAAUCUUCAUCAAGUCCUCGUAUUUUACUGAAGUGUAAAUUUGCCUUCCAAAAACUAGCCAGACGUUUCUAUAAAGCAUGUGUUGAACAUCAUAUGUUUUUUAAGAUCCACUGCAAACGCUUAUUAAAUUCAAACAUUAAUAAGCGAGAAUCUUAUAAACCUGAACCUAUUGUUUUACCUGUAAAUCAUACAUUACAUGUAAAUAAUGAAUUAUUAAAUCCUUCAGUAUCUAUAAAUGGCCCUUGCAGUAUUAAAUUAUUGUCUAUGAGUAAUUUACAAUCACCUAAACUACCAGUCACACCUACACGAUCAGAAUUUGAACUAGAUCAUUUACAUUCAUCAAACCCACAAUUAAAUAAUUGUCAAUUUCCUGAACAUUCUACAGAACGUGUACAUACUCCUCAGACAGAUUCGAAAUCUCGAACGGAUAUGGAUUCACUUAAGAAGACCUAUUCGAAUGACCAUUUACUCUUACCAUGUACUUCUAAUGAACUAUCGACACGAAGUGCUUCAUUUAAUCAUUUAGAUAAUUAUUCAGUUGCUCAUAUUCCCAGUCCAAUUGAAUGUUCUAGUCGUUUAGAUAUUUUAAAUUCUUCUGUAAAUGAGGAUAAUAUUGAUGAUAGAUGUAGAUCUGCAAAUAUUCCAUCAUAUGAUUGUUUACAAAUUUUAGACGAUCAAAAUUCAAAUCCUUUCGAUUGUUUGUGUCGUAUUACAUCAACUCAAAAUGAUAUACACUCAUCGUUUAAUAUAAAUGAUAACCCCAUUAUUGAUUCAGUGCCCACAUAUUCCGAAAAUCCAAGCUUUAAACCAUCUAUUGAUGAUACCUGUCAACCUCUUCUUGCUUGUGAAAUUCCUAAUCUACUACCCACUUUUAUUCCUAUAAAUUGUGCCUUGACAAAUCCAAUGGAAGAAUAUUUACCCACUGAUAUACUUCAUUGUUUAUCACCUUCGCAGCAUAUUUCGAGUGAUUUUUCACAGAUUGAACUGAUGAGACCUACUGAUUCAUUAUGGUGUUGUAAUCUGCUUUCAUCUGUUGACCUGAAUUCAUUAAACAAAAUUAUUGCACCAUCAUACUCAUCGGUUAUUUCUUCUAAUGGUGAAAUUAUUCGCUUGGACCCUUCUACAAAUAAUAAUAUUUCUAAGUCUUCAAUGUCUUCUCUUGUUCCAUGCGACUUUUUCCGCUGGAACUCAAUUGAAAAACAGGCUGUAUAUCAUUCAAUACCAAUAGUUCGAACACGUACUAUCCGAUUUAUUCUCGAUCCAUCAAUACAGAUUAAUGAGUAUAACACUUUUAAUCAUUCAAAAAUUCAUAUUGUACAUGGUACUAAUAUACCAUUAGUUCCAACUAGAUCAUUUUACCAUCAUUAGUCAGUUAUUAUUAUUAUUAUCAUUAGUUAUUAAGUGUUAUUUUGUAACUGAAUUCUUCUUUUUGUUUCUUUCUCUAUUAUUCUUUUUUUCUGUUGUUGAUACAGUUUGAUAUUAUUUCAAUUUUGAUAAAUUUUCUUUCGACCCCACAUUAUUGGUUUGUUUCUUUUUCCUAAUUGCAUUUCGACUGUACGAAGCAUAUAUACAUAAAUAUUGUAACCAUAUUUUCUAUCUUUUCAAAAUUAGUUUUGUUAGUCUCUAUGCCUAUCCCUUUUUUGUUGUUGUUGUUCCGUUUAGUUAACGAUUAUGUGGACAAAGAAGAACAUUAAUCAAGAAUACUUAUUAUUAUUAUUCGAAUUGAUUAUUUCUUUUCUGUUUUGUUUUCAUCUUUUCUUUUUCUUUGUCUUAUCUAAUGUUUAUCCUUGAUUUUUAUGAUGAUUAUUUUGUAUUUGUGUUUAGUAAAUCUAAGAGAAUUUCACACAUGUUUUCUGUUUGUUUGUUUUUCUUUUAAUCUUAAAAUUGUAGUUUAUUGUUUAAUUUUCAUUGAAAUAAAAAUCAAUAUGAACUUUG